GCUUCUUCCGGCGCUCACUGUAUCAUCGUCACGGUAGAUCAUGUCGACGCCAGGACCCUUUGCAGACUCGCCAACCGCUCAAUCUCAGCCUUCUCCUUACACACAUUACCCCCCGGGAACAUUUCCUGAUGUAUCUCUGCAGCAGUCUUCCCAAACCACCACCACUACAGCCGCAGCCUCGAGCUCCUCCACAGCUGCAGCAAGUCAGCCACAAUCGCGUCAGGCAGCCGAGGAGGCCCGCAAGGAUCGAACUCUGGCUGAAUUCCUAGUCAUGCUCGAUGAUUAUGAACCCUUGAUUCCCAAUGAAGUAACAGACUACUAUCUCCAGAGGGUAGGAUUUGAAUGCGAAGAUGUGCGGCUAAAACGUCUGCUUUCCCUGGCUGCACAGAAGUUCGUAUCAGAUAUUGCUGCCGAUGCCUACCAGCAUGCUCGUAUACGUACGAACGCUGUUGGUGGCCGUGCGCGAGGCCCCCUCACUGGGCCAGGGUCUAAGGACAAAACAAGGACCGCACUGACCAUGGAUGACCUGAGUGCCGCGUUGGCUGAGUACGGCAUUAAUGCGAAAAAACCAGAAUUUUAUUUGUGAGCACGCAGAGGGGUCGCUUAGAUUUAUCGUUUUCACUAUCACUUGUCCCAAUGUAUUUUAGAUAGUAGCAAGCACCGUAAAAGCGGGAACACUAUGAACUCGCAUGGACUGUCUUCUCCUUGUAAUCCGCGGAUAUCGGGUUGAAAUUGACUCCCUCGCUUGUGAACGA